GAGGCGUGGGAGCGGUGGGCGUGGCUGGACGGGCCCGAGCAGCGCGUGCGGCUGUCGUGGACGCUGCGUGGGGCUGAGGCUGUGCUGCGCGUGGAGGCGCGGACGCUGGGCUGGCUUGGCGUGGGCUUCUCGCCCGCUGGCGGGAUGGCCGGCGCCGACAUGGCUGUGGCGUGGGUGGACGACGCCUCCGGCCGCGGGCACGUUGUGGACUGCUUCGGGGCGGAGCGCGCGGCGGCGCCGCUGGUGGACGCGUCGCAGGACUACUCGCUGCUGCGCGCCGCGCAGAACGCCACGCACACCACGGUGGUGCUGCGCAGGCGCCUGGACACUGCUGCAUUGCAGUGUAACAAAAACCAUAGGCAUAUUGUCAAACGUAAAAGACUAGAUUUUCUGCCAACAGGGUCUUGA